CUUAAAUGACGUCAUCGCAAGAAAGUCUCUCACACACACAGGGACAAACACACACGAAGGGAAGGAGGAGGUGAACUCCUGCAAACAUGGCGUGCUGGUUUCGUUUGGACUUUACUCGGGGCGGAUUCGAACCUCGACCACGACCUCGGGCGGCUGUUAUCGGUCUCGGGGGCUCCGCGUGAGGGCGGGUUGAUGGAAACUUGCCUCAUUUACCGGGAGAACAAGUUGUCUUUGCUGGGCUCUUGCUCCUCCUUGCGGCCACCAGCCUUCCCUCUUCAUCAUCAUCAUCGUCAUCAUCAUCAUCAUCAUCAUCCUCAGUCAGCAUGAACAAACGGGCGGGACUACCACAUGACUAUGGUCUGAGCAAAGCCGACAUGUUGGAUGCCGUCCUUGGCUGUGAGCAGGCCUGCCAGCGGGGGGACUUUGCCCUGGCUGUGGGUCUUUGCACGGAGGCACUGGCCACGGACCCCCUAAACUGCGUGGUGUACAGCACCCGCUCGGCGGCCCACCUCAGCUUGGGCCGCUACCAUCAGGCCCUACACGAUGCCAACAAGGCCCGAGACAUCAACCCCAAGUGGACACAGGCUUACUUCCGCCAGGCAGUGGCGCUGCAGCAUCUCGGACGCCACGAAGACGCCCUGGCGGCCUUCGCCUCGGGCGUGGCGCAGGACCCGAAGAGUCUGCAGCUUAUGUCGGGCAUGGUGGAAGCUGCCAUGAAGUCGCCACUCAGAGAUUCUCUGGAGCCUACCUAUCGCCAGCUGCGGGCCAUGAAGCUGGAGCGCAGCCCCUUUAUGGUGGUAUCGCUGGUCGGACAGGAGUUGCUGGCACACGGCUUCUAUGCCGCCGCUGCGGAGGCGUUAGAAGCGGCACUGCAGAUUGGCACAUGCUCACUGAAGAUGCGUGGCUCCAUCUUCUCGGCACUCAGUGCGGCAUACUGGUCGUUGGGCUACGCGGAGAAGAGCUUGGACUACAUGAAGCAGGACCUGGAUGUGGCCCGGACCUUAGGUGACCAAACGGGUGAAUGCCGUGCCCACGGCAACCUUGGCUCCGCCCUCUUCUCCAAAGGCAGUUACCGAGAGGCGUUGGCCAAUCACAGGCAACAACUGAUUCUGGCCAUGAAGCUUAAGCACAAAGAGGCAGCGGCCGAUGCCCUCAGCGGUUUGGGUCACGUGUACACGGCCAUCGGCGACUACCCCAAUGCGCUAGCAAGCCACAAGCAGUGCGUCGCACUGGCCAGACAAAAUGGCUGCCAGCUCUCUGAAGCCCGCCAGUUGGGCGACAUGGGCGCCGUAUACACCGCCAUGGGGGAUGUCACCAGCGCCCUGCGGUGCCACCAGCAACACUUGGACAUCGCCAAGACUUUAGAGAACCAACGCGAGGAGGCUCGGGCAUACAGCAACCUGGGCAGUGCCUACCACUCUCAGCGGGACUACGACAAAGCCGUGUCAUACCACAGUCGAGUUCUGAAGCUGGCUCAGGAGCUUGGAGACCGUACCGUGGAGAUGAGGGCCUUCGCUGGCUUAGGACAUGCCGCCCGAUGCAUGCAGGACCUGGAGGGCGCACUGCGGUAUCAUCAACAUCAACUGGAAAUUGCAGAGGAGCUGCAGGACUCCGGGGCUAAAGGCCGAGCCUCUUCCAACCUGGGCAUCGUCCAGCAGAUGCGAGGUGACUACAAGGUUGCAUUGAAGCUCCACAAGGCUCACUUGACCUGCGCCCAGGAGCUGGGUGACUACGCCGCACAGGGAAGGGCCUACGGCAACAUGGGCAACGCCUACCAUGCCCUGGGCCUCUACGAGCAAGCUGUGGGGUUCCACCGCCAGGAACUGAACAUCUCCCUGGAGGUGAAUGACAGAGCAUCCCAGGCAUCCACACAUGGCAAUCUGGCGGUGGCCUACCAGGCACUGGGUGCACCGGACCGGGCCCUCAAACACUACUUGCACCACCUGAGCAUCUCACGGGAGCUCGGUGACGUUCAAAGUGAAGCGAGAGCUUUAGCAAACCUGGGCAACUUCCACUGCUGCAGAGGUGACUACAAGCAGGCGUUACCGCACUACCAGCAAUACUUGCUUCUGGCUCCCGGCCUUCAUGAUCUGGAGGGCGAGGGCAAAGUUUGCCACAACUUGGCUUAUGCCCACUUUUGCUUGGGGCAGUACCAAGACGCUGCCAGAUACUACAAGCAGGAUCUGGCUUUGGCCCAGGACCGACAGGAUAAGUUGGCCCAGGCCAAAGCCUACUGUAACCUGGGCCUGGCCCACAAAGCCUUGGGGGAGUUUGGCAGAGCAGAAGAAUGUCAGAAAUAUCUGCUUCAGAUUGCACAAGCUUUGGACAAUACACAGGCAAUGUUCAGGGCUUUGGGCAAUCUCGGAGAUGUCAGCGUUUGUCGGGAAGAUCUUCAGGGAGCCGCCAGCUUCUACCAGCAGCAGUUAUCUUUAGCUCAUGAGCUCAGUGAUCACAAGAUGGAGGCAGAUGCCUACUCAGCGCUAGGAUCAGUAUACAGGUUGCUUGGCCAGCUGGACACGUCCUUGUCCUUUCACAGCCAAGAGCUUACCCUGCGCAAAGAUCUGGGCAACCAUCGCGGGGAGUGCCACGCUUUGGGUUGUCUGGCUGCCAUCCACAUGGCUCUGGGAGACUACGACACAACCCUGCAGUGCUACGAGGCUCAGCUGGACCUGACGCAACAGCUCAACGAUGCCCACCUGGAAUCUCAAGUCCACGGGAACAUGGGCAUCACCAAGAUGAACAUGGGUCACUUUGAGGAGGCCAUUGGUUUCUUGGAGCAGCAGCUGGCCAUGUUGCAACAACUGAGUUCCAAGGAGGGCAUCGUGGAUCGGGGGAAGGCUUACGGGAACCUAGCAGACUGUUACAACGCCUUGGGAGACUUUGAGGAGGCCAUUCGGUACUAUGACAAGGCCCUGCCGGUGGCUCAGAGUCUCAAACAAGUUCAGGACCAGGAGAAAGCCUACAGAGGACUUGGCAAUGCUCACAGGUCGAUGGGCAAUCUGCAACAAGCUGUGGUGUGCUUGGAGAAGAGGCUGGUGGUGGCUCAUGAGCUUGCUGGACCAGAAGGCGGGAAGGCACAGGCGUACGGAGAGCUGGGUGCCCUGCACAGCCACCUGGGAAACUACGAGCAGGCCUUGUCUUGCCUGGAGCACCAACUCAGCAUUGCUCGAUCAGCCGGGGACAAAUCCCUGGAAGCAGAGGCCAGCGACGUGGUUGGCGGAGUUUACCAGCUGAUGGCUGACUACGAGACGGCACAGCAAUGGCACCAAAGAGCUCUGGACAUGGCGGAGCAGACGGGUUGCGUGAAGAAGCAAACACGAGCCUACGGAAACCUGGGAGCGACCUAUGAGGCUCUGGGCAACUACGAGAGGGCUCUGGUUUUCCAGGAGCAGCACCUUAGCAUGGCGGCGCAGACCAACAACUUGGUGGCCAAAACGGUAGCGUACGGCAGUUUGGGGAGGAUACACCACGCACUGGGCAACUACACGCAGGCCGUGAUGUACCUGCAGGAAGGUCUUCGCCUGGCUGAGCAGUUGGCUCGGAGAGAAGACGAGGCUAAGAUACGCCACCGCCUUGGCUUGGCUCUGUGGGCUGCUGAAAACCUGGAGGAGGCCCAACACCAGCUCUACAGAGCAUCAGUUCUCUUUGAGACCAUUCGCCGCGAGAUGCAGCACAGCCCGGACUACAAGCUCUCCCUCUUUGACCUACAGACGGACUCGUACCAGGCUCUCCAGAGGGUCCUCGUCAGCCUGGGCCGCCAUGAGGAGGCGCUGGCCAUAGCGGAGCGAGGCCGAACCCGGGCCUUCACUGACCUACUGGUGGAACGUCAAAAAGUACACCAGCAGUCAGCAGGCUCAGACCAGUACGCCCCGGUUACGGUGGAGCACAUCCUGGAGACGGUCAACUCCCAGAAGGCCAUGGUGCUGUAUUUCUCCGUGGUGGGAGACUUCCUGUACAGCUGGCUGCUGGCUCCCGGCUCAGGCAUCGUCAAGUUCAACCAGACUUGUCUCGGAGCUGACGCGCUGGAGUUCCAAGAGCGCUUGAGCUUGCAGGAUGCGAGUCCGCUCUCGCUGGAGCAGUACAUCAGCAAUGCCAGAGAGGUUCUGGGAAUUGAUGGAAACCUCGGCAGGCUUAACGCGGACAGUGAGACCGAGAGCGAAGCCGGAGAUGUUCCGAAGCGACACUUUGACGAGCUCAAUGACAAAAUGAACUCCGAUGACGACCCCAGCGGCUACCUGCGCAUGGUGUCCAGGAACAACAUCUUCAACGGAAGUUGCCGCAGUGUACGUAGCAUCAACAGCAUUUCUUCAGCGAAGGACGGCUCGUCUUCUCCUUCCCGCUGGUCGGGUAUCAAACCUUCUCCUCUACGUGCUCUCUAUGACUUGCUCAUCGGGCCGAUGGAAACGGCCCUGCUGCAUGGAGGUGGUCCAACGGGCCGACACCGGCAACUAGUUCUGGUCCUGGAGGGUGACUUGUACCUGGUGCCUUUCGCCUUGCUCAAAGGCAGCUCGUCAAACGAGUUCCUUUAUGAGAUGUUCAGUCUGCUUUGCGUGCCCUCAUUAGCAAGCCUCCGAGUUUCCGAAAAGCAUUCUAACCCCGUUGUCGCCUUACCCUGCUGCGACGCCGGCUCAGCGCCCACCGUGGUGGGGGCGCCGCACCUGCCGCCCGGCAUGAUGCGGCGCUGGAUGUGGGGGCCGCUGCCUUCGGCCCAGGAUGAGGCUCUGUGUCUGGGGGAGCAGCUUAGGUGUCGCCUGCUCACCGGCGUCAAUGCCACAAAAGAGAGUGUCAUCGCUGCCCUCUCGCGGGCACAGUGCGUUCAUUUCGCCACUCAUGUCUCCUGGAAGCUCGCCGCCCUGGUGCUCGCCCCCAGCCGGGAACGAACCGCCGGCCAGGAAGAAGAGGAGGAGGAAGAGGGGGGCCGGCGGACGCUGCCAUCAAGUGCGGAACGCUGUGUCGGAGGAAAGAGGAGUUGCAAGGACGUUGACAGCAUUGGUGAGAAUGCAUGUGAAAGCGCAUGCAGCGGUCCGCCGCUUCAAGACUUCCUCCUCACGGCGGCGGAUAUCUUGGAACUCAACCUGAGUGUCAAGCUGGUGGUCCUCAGGUUGUACCCGGAGUGUGGCGUGUGGCUGACAUGUGACGGCUUGUUGGGCCUGACCGGAGCCUUCCUGUCGGCGGGCGUCCGAUGCGUGUGCGUGUCCCUGUGGCCCACGCCGCCGCCUGCCGCCAAACUCUUCAUGCAGAGCUUCUACUCGGCCCUGCUCAACGGCGCCCCCUCUAGCGCCGCACUCAACGGCGCCAUGAGGGCGCUACACAACAGCAAGGACUUUGCACACCCCUCCAACUGGGCAGGUUACCUUCUGAUCGGUAGCGAUGUUAAGGUCAACGGCCCCGAGUCUGCGCUGCGACAGGCCUUGGCAGAGGUCCUCCGGCAUGCCAACCGGGCCAGGGAUGCCCUGAGGGUUCUUCUGCACCUGGUGGAGAAGGCCUUGCAACGCAUUCACACUGGCCACACGAACCCCAUGUAUACAUCGCAGCAAAGUGUGGACAAGAAGGUCGGUGGCGUACCCGGGUGGCGCUCCCUGUUGUCGGCGUUGGGUUUCCGUUUGGACGUAGGCAAAUCCGGCCUCCCCGCCGCCGUCUUCUUCCCCACGUCGGACCCUGGAGAGCGGCUGCAACAGUGCAGUCUCACCAUGCAAGCCCUACUCGGUCUGAGUGCUGCUGCUCUUCGGGCUCUUUGCAAACUGGUGUCAGCACCUGAGGCAGGAGAGCAACUCAUAUACAAGCUCCAUCAGGUGCUUCUGCAGCUGCAGUCAUCUGACUGCGAGCGUGACCAAUCAUCGACUGCCAUCCCAAUGUCCCUCAGCGUGCAGGCGUGGAGGCUUCCCGGCUGCCACGAGUUCCUCGCCGCGCUCGGGUUCGACCUAUGUGAGGUGGGUCAGGAGGACGUUCUGUUGAAGACGGGGAAGCAGGCCAGCAGGCGUGUUAUCAAUUUUGCUAUCCGGUCACUCCUGGCGCUUUUUGACUCCACGGAUCUUUCCAAGCGUGUGAGCAUGUACAGCUCCUCCUCUCUGGAGUCUCUCUCGUCCUCCCCGUUGGCCCCUCAGCACCCGUCUUUUCCCGCCUCGCCGCCUCGUCCUUCCGUCCCACCCGCGAUCUGCCCGGAUGCAUUGUCCAGCGACGCCAUCUCCGUCUAUAGCCUCAGCUCGCUCACCUCCUCCUUCAGCUUCUUGUCACGACCCGAGCCCGCAGGAAGUGAUGUCGACAGUCGGUGCACGCAACCGCAGGAGGGGAUGAUGACGCCUUGCCGCUCCAGGCGAGUGACCAAUCAGGGUAAAGGGGAGGCGGGCGAUGAGGACUACCAGGGCUACGCCAUCAUUAGCAGCGAGCCUCUGAGGCCAGAGCACCGUGACACACCAUCUGCAGGACACUCCCACACCAGGGGGGCCAAUGGACAAGGGUCUGCCACCACUUCCACGGCAGCAUCUCCCAACAAAGCGGCACCGCCAAAAGUUCCUGCCAAGCCGCAUUACAAACAGAAAAUUUCAUCUCCUCAGAGGAGCAUGACGCCCGGCAAAGGGAAGAUUAGCAACUUCGAGUCAGACCGCUCAAGUACGGCGACCGACAGCACCAUCAAGUCCCAGGAGGAGCGCAGCAUACCGGUGGGGCAGCUGGACCCCCAGGAGCUGGCUCGCAAGAUCCUGGAGGAGACCCAGGGCCACAUGCGAGCUGUGGAGAGCCUGCAGAGGGUCCCGGGGCGGCGCUGUCUCUCGACGCCCACCACCCCGAUUCUGAGCAGGGGGGCACGUGCCUUUCAGCCGUCUGAGACCAGCGCCUUCAGCAGACCACCAAGUAGAACGAGUCUCAGUGCUGUGCCCCUCAGUCCUCUCUCUCCCAGACCACCAUGCCGCUCCUCUUCCCUGCAGAAGCUCAUUCCGCCCUCAUCUCCCAAAGAUCUCAACAAACGUUCAACGAGCAGUGAGUUUCACCUGAAACUACCUGACAGAGAGUGCGACUUCAAACCUUUGCCUCAAGGCGGGUCUUUUCUCAGACCGUCAACUGGGAAAGAGUCCCACAUCAAACAACCAGGCAAAGGGUCCCACCUUAAAACCUCAUCUGCAAUUGAAUCCCGUCUCAAACCUUCACCUGCCAACGAAUCCCACGUCAAACCAGCUGGCAGCGACUCCCACCUCAAGGCUUUUUCCCACCUCCAAACUUCACCUGGCAUUGAGUCCCAUCUCAAAACGUCACUUUACAGCGAGUCCCACCUUAAACCAGCUGGCAGAGAUUCUCACAGGAAAAAUUCACCUGAUAUCGAUUCCUACUUCAAACGUUCACCUGACAGUAAAUCCCACAUAAAACCAUCUGGCAGAAAUACAGAUUUCAAACCACCUGGUCGAGAGUCCCACCUCAAACUGCCACUUGAGAUUAAGUCCCACCUAAAAUCUUCGCCUGGGAGCAAGUCCCAUCAAAAACCACCCAGCAGUGAAGCACACCUCAAACCAUCCCUUACACUACCCCCCUCCCCGAUUACCGUUUCUCGCUCUAAAACCUUCAAGGCGGCUCGCCAACACGAAGGCGUGGCCCCUGCCAGCCUCCUUCCAGUAAAGAAAAUGAGCACAGUGCGGAAGGACGUUCUGGGUUUGCUGGACCUUUCGCCGCGACAUGAGCCCAGUGAGAGUCUGGACCGUCUCCACAGUGUGGACACCAAAUCGCCGCCUACCGCCAAACCUUCUAAACGCACCAAAUUUCCUGCUGGCUACAAAUUUCUAGCGGGGCAUUUUUUCCAUUCCUCUAAAUGUUGACAUUGGCACCUUCCUGGUUGCCUUGGAGAUUGAGUGAACCUGAUGUUCUGAGAGGGUUACGGUAGAAGUCAGUGAAAUGUGAUGAGACAGUGUUGGUUGCUAGGUAACGAAUGUUGAUGUGAGUGAAGCAUACAGAAAGAAAACUAUUGAGGAUUGGACUUGAGUUAAGAUGAUUCUGUGCUGAUACAACCCGUCUUCCAAUGAAGUUGGAACUUUUUGUU